AUGGAAAGAGGGAUAUGGAAACCCAAUGCUGAGUUAGCCCCAACAUGCCCUCGUUGUGGUUCCACAAAUACAAAAUUUUGUUACUAUAACAACUAUAGUUUGACACAACCUAGAUAUUUUUGCAAAGGUUGUAGAAGGUAUUGGACUAAAGGUGGUUCUUUAAGUAAUGUUCCUGUUGGUGGUGGCUGCAGAAAAAGCAGGAGAGGUAAGUCUUCUUCUAGUACAAUUCAUCAUCAACAACAUGGCCUUAUUUCAAGAAAUUUGGGACAUGAAGUUGUUUUAAAUCCCUCUAAUAUUUAUCAUCAUCGAUCCACUAGUAAUUCAUUGGAUCAUGAUCAUCACGGUUCAAGCAUUGAUCUUGCUUUAGUCUAUGUAAAUUUCUUGAAUAGUAAUAAUUCCAAGGCAUCACAACCGGAGGGCCACCAGAAUCUUGAACUGCCUUCUAAUGAUGAUUUAAUAUUGCCUAAUGAUCGUCAUCAUCAAGAAGCAGUGCUUGUCACUCCACCAUUCGAGUUUUCAAGCAUGAUAAACAUGAAGUUCAUGACUAGCAAUUUAGGCCAAGAAUCGCGAUUAAUUUGCGAUGGUGAUGGUGUUUAA